UCAGUUAUCAAAGGGGAAUUCUCUGUGGUGACUGGUACAAUGAUCACUAAUAGCCUCUGGUCCUCUGCAAAGAGUGGUCACUACUAAUUCCCUACGCCGAGCACAGAGAGAAGGGGACGAGUGAAUGAGAAGAAAUGCUGCACGAGCUGCUGCUUGCCCUUGUCGGUUACACCGGGGAUUUGGUAAUCGAUGAGAGGGACGAGCGGGAAACCCUAUUCGACUCCUCCGACCCUAUUUCAGACUUCCCAGUCGAGCCCACCUUCAAGCUAGCGCCGGACCUCUCCUUUAUACAACCAUCCGAGAGGGAUGUUAUUGAAAGGCUUUUGCCAUUAGGCUUUUACUAUAGGGAGCUUGAUCACUUUGCUGCUAAGCAUCGUCAUUUGAGUUCGUUUCAGCUUGCAAAGCAUUACCCUCAUGCUCAAGCUACCGAAGUACAGAAAGAAAGCUCUGGGAAAGCAAGUGUUUACCGCAGGGCCAUUGCAAAUGGGAUAAUUGAGAUUUUAUCAGUUUAUAGGUCAGCUGUUCUACAAGUUGAGCAGAAUUUGUUGUCAGAUCCAUUGCCUAUUUUGGCUACCGUGACUCAUGGCCUCAAUAAGUUUGACGUGGUUUUGCCACCAAUCUACGAGCUUAUAGCAGAAAUUGAAAGAGAAGAUAUCAGAGGAGGGAAACUUCUAAACCUUUUGCAUAAAAGAUGCCAUUGUGGAAUACCUGAACUGCAAUCAUGCUUCCAAAGGCUCCUCUGGCAUGGGCAUCAAGUCUUGUAUAACCAACUAGCAUCUUGGAUGGUUUAUGGAAUUCUUCAAGAUCCACAUGGGGAGUUUUUCAUUCAAAGGCAAGAUCAUAGGGACAUAGAGAAUGAAUCGUCUGUUUCAGAUACCACAGAAAAGUUGAUGUAUAAGUCAUCUGAAAAUGCAGCCCUUACUGAUUGGAACAUAGGAUUUCAUAUAUUUCUGGAAAUGUUGCCGGAAUACAUACAUAUGCAAAUUGCCGAGGCAAUUCUCUUUGCUGGUAAAGCAGUAAGGGUCCUUAGAAAUCCAACGUAUUCAUUCAGACUACAUGAAUCCAUCUUUCAGCAACACAUUUUAAGAGGGGCUCAAAGGACCCAGGGAUCGAUUGGAGGCUUUGCACUUCUUAAGGAUCCUCUGAAGGGUACAAAUAAAAUUGCUGACGAUCUCUUCCCACAGUCCGAGGCUGAUAAAAUUGAAGAAAUGCUCCUAGGGUUGAAGCAAUCAUCCGAGUUUCAUAAAAGAUCGUUUGAAUCUGCUGUGAAUUCAAUCUGUACUGUUGCUGCAAACCAUCUAUGGCAGCUUGUAGUGAUUCGUGCCGACUUGAAUGGCCACCUGAAAGCCCUCAAAGAUUAUUUUCUUUUAGCUAAAGGUGAUUUCUUCCAGUGUUUCCUUGAGGGGAGCCGUCAACUGAUGCGUCUACCUCCUCGGCUGUCAACUGCUGAAGCUGAUCUUAUGGUCCCUUUUCAGUUGGCUGCGUUGAAGACAAUAAGUGAAGAAGACAAGUACUUCUGUAGGGUGUUGCUGAGAAUUCCUUCCAUUGGAAUUGGUAUGACGAGCUCUGAAAUGAAUUUACAAAAAAUGAAGGUUGAUGUCAACCGAGGAGCUUCUUUGCAAGGAGUAACUUCAUCAGGGUUUUCCGUAGAUGGUUGGGAUGGAAUUGCUCUGGAGUAUUCUGUUGACUGGCCCUUACAGCUGUUCUUUACUCCAGAAGUCCUUUCUAAGUACCUUAAAGUUUUCCAGUAUUUGAUCAGACUUAAGCGAACACAAAUGGAACUGGAAAAAUCAUGGGCUGGUGCAAUGCAUCAGGACCAUGCUGAUUUUGCCAACCAUAGAAGAGAGAAAAAGAAUUGCUUUCCAUCUCAACAUCGUCGAAUACGACCCAGACCAAUGUGGCAAGUUAGAGAGCAUAUGACUUUUUUGAUCAGAAACCUUCAGUUUUAUAUCCAGGUUGAUGUCAUUGAGUCUCAGUGGAACUUAUUACAAGCUCAUGUGCAGACUUCCAAUGAUUUUACUGAACUUGUGAGCUUCCACCAAGGAUAUUUAUCGGCUUUGAUAUCUCAGUCCUUCCUGGAUAUUGGGUCUGUAUCUAGGAUUCUGGACAGCAUUAUGAAACUUUGCUUACAAUUCUGCUGGAACAUUGAGCAGUAUGAAAUUAAUCCAAAUCUCUCUGAAUUGGAACAGAUCACCGAGGAAUUUAAUAAGAAGUCGAAUUCUCUUUACACUAUACUCCGUAGUAGCCGGCUUGCCGGAAGUCAGAGAGCGCCAUUUCUCAGGCAAUUUCUUAUGCGUCUAAAUUAUAAUUCCUUCUUUGAGGCAACUGCAAGAGGGGUGUUAAAUGUUGUUAGACCACGUCCGAAUUUUACUUCUCUUGCCUAGAAGUGUUUUUGGAAUUGUUCUUCGAAUAUCAGUAAAGAACAGAUUGCGAAAUACUUUUUGGGGUUUCAGCUUGUUUAAUUGAUGAUAGAGAUUUGCUGCACUGUUCUUUACUUUGGUGAGUUAGAAGACUUUCUGAUCUAUUGCUCGUUAGAGGAUAAUCAGGACAAAUACAAGACGUUUGCUCAAUGUAACAAGAUCUCCAGGUCCUGGAAACUGCAUUUGUUACAAACUAAAUCAGGUCUUUGAAUUGUUUCAUCUGAUCUUGUUUUCUUGUUUCUAGCAUGCUUUUACAUAUAAUGAUAUUAUUGUAUAAUUCUCUUGAGUGAUGGAUAGCUUUAUGUCGUUAUAUAUAAUAUAAAAAAUUUAUCCUUAA